AUGGCCACGCUAGGCUCGCCCUCUCCCCCGUCUUCUCCUUCGCGAACCAUGCGCCGCCGCGGGUGGGCCAGGAAGGUCGAGCGGUACUGCUGCAACACCAUCACCUACUUCCCACUCGUCUUUGUCUACGGCCUGACCACCUGGGCCGUGUGGGUCGAGGCCGGCAUCGGCUUCGUGCCCUCGAAGAAUGCCUGGACGGGUGCGUCUCCUAUGACCUGCCAUUGCGACGCGGCGCGUUGCGUGGACAACCGAUAUGCUGACAUUGGUGUAGGCAAGUUUUCGUCUGCGCUCGGCGUCUUCUUCUACCUCAUGCUCAACUGGAGCUACACAACCGCCGUCUUUACCGAUCCGGGGUCGCCCCUCAGCCUCAACAACGGGUACAGCCACCUGCCUACUCAAGAAAGCGGGGCUCUGCAAUAUACAUCCUUCACCGUGAAAGCGUCAGACGGAGGCGUGCGCUUCUGCAACAAGUGCCAGUCCAAGAAGCCCGACCGCGCCCACCACUGUUCAACAUGCCGCCGCUGCGUGCUGAAGAUGGACCAUCACUGCCCAUGGCUCGCCACAUGUGUCGGCCUGCGCAACUACAAGGCCUUCUUGCUGUUUUUGAUAUACUUGACCUUCUUCUGUUGGACUUCGUUCGCCACUUCUGCGUACUGGGUUUGGAGUGAGAUUUUGAGUGACGGUCAAUACACCGAGUCCUUCAUGCCCGUCAACUAUGUUCUGCUCGCCGUGUUGUCCGGCAUCAUCGGAAUUGUAAUCACCGGCUUCACUGCCUGGCAUCUUUGGCUUACUUUUAGGGGGCAGACGACAAUUGAAAGUUUGGAAAAGACGCGCUACUUGUCGCCACUGCGGAACACCAUGAAGCACAAUCUGACUGACCGCAACUACCUCGACGCGCAAGCCAAUGGACGAUUGAGCAUUGGUGACCAAUUGCGCGAAAUUCAUGCGAACGCGCUGCCUGGCGUGACGCGCCCGGAGGAAGGUGAGGCCCCGUCGCGCUCUCCAGCGCCUGGUGAUACGCCAAUGAGUAAUGGAUACUCACACCCUGCCUACCACUCGUAUGAACAGCGGGAGCGCCAGCAAAACCAGGAGCGCUAUGACAGCUACCUCGACGAGAGAGACAACGAGCAACUCCCCAAUGCAUUCGAUCUGGGAUGGAAGCGCAAUGUCGCGCACGUAUUUGGACCUUCGCCGCUGAAAUGGUUCAUUCCGAUUGUUACGACAACGGGCGAUGGGUGGUCCUGGGAGCCAAGCCCGAAGUGGCUCGCAGCACGAGAGCGCAUAAAGCGCGAUAGGGAGGCGGAGGAGCAAGUCCAGAAGCAGCGUGAGCGCGCUGCCGGCUGGGGUCUUGAUUCUCCCACUGAAGCAGAAUUUAGGCGCCCCACAAGGACAGCACAAGGCUGGCAGCCCGGUCAAUACAGCCACGCUGUACCCAGACAGCCUCAUCGCCCCGAAUGGCAGUCUCCAUUGCGCCACGACGAGCCUGCUCGAUACCUGACGACCACCAACGGCGUCGUGAAGUCACCACUGGAGGGAAGACGGAGUCCAAGCAAGGCUGAUCAAAUACUGGGGAGAGAACAUGGCAUGUACGCCGAUGGCGACGUACAGCUCCAAAACAUGGACCGAAGGAAGUUUGACCAGUACAAUUACAUAUCCGAGGACGAAGAAGACGACGACUACGAAGUCUCGAGCGAUGAGCAAGCCGCGGACCAGAAACGCGCCCAGCAAACGCAAACCGGCCCGCCACCAAAGUCCACACAGAACUGGAAUGACAUACCAGAAGGAUUUUUAGAUCCCGCGCCCCAAGGCAAAAAGAGCACGAGUCGGGAACGCAAUCAAAAGAAAAAGGGGGAAUGGGAUGACUGGGGCUCGUAA